AUGACAGUAUUAACUGGUGAAAGAUUAGUUAGAUUAGCCUACAAAUAUUCCAAUUUACAAAACACUUGGUUUCUUAUUGCAUGUGCAUGUUUAAGUGUGUUGAACCAACCUCAAGAAAUCCCCAAAAUCUAUCAUUUUGCAUUGAGACAACAAUUAUUAGAAUUCAAAAACGAUGAUACUUUGAUCCUUGAUAAAUAUUUGAUUCAAUUAGCCAAUGAUUCAAUUGCUUCAAGUAAGAAAUACGAAGAAUUGACUUCUAUUGGGAUAGGUUUACCUGAUUUGUUGAUUCCUUACAGUUAUUAUAAAAAUUUACCCUUGAGUUUCAAAUUUGAUAAAGCUUCGAAUAUCUUUGAAUACCAAAAUUUGAUCACUUUGAAGUUUAGAGAAGUUAUCUUGAAAGUCAGUCCAUUGAUUGGAUUACCAAAAUCCAUAAAUUCUUUGAAUAGUUUGAAAUUAGUAACUCCUUCAAGUAUCAAGAAUAAUAAUUCAUCAGUUCAAAGACCUAACUUAAUUAACAAUUCAAUCCCUUCAUCCAAAAUUAUUGAAGAAGAUUUUGAUGGUACCAAGUUUGAAUCACAAGAAAUCAUAGAAACAAUUGAUGGACCAAUCAGUAUCAACUCAAUCAAUAAUAAAGCCGUAUUUGAAAACUUGAAGAAUGGUAGUGAAAUGUGGAACAAAAUCUAUAGUAACAAAUUGAACAAAAAGAUCAAAAAUCAAAUCUACCAAAGUUACCCUGACUUAUGGAACUUCAUUUAUCAUAAUGUGUAUUCCAAUAUCUUGAGUUUUGAUAAGAUUUUGAAUGAUAAAGAGACCUCAAUGUGUGUCAUAACUUCGUUGAUUCCUCAAGAUGUUAACCCACAAUUAAAGGGCCACUUGAAAGGGGCAUUGAACUUGGGUGUUUCACGUGAAGAGUUAGAAGAAUUGAGACUGUUGGUUUUCGAUAUCUGCGAUUGGGUAGGUGGUAAUUAUUGGAAAGGUGGAAAGGAUUCUGUUGCCAAAUUAUAA